UAUGCCUUCCUUUCACAGGAAUCGAAAUGGUGCCGAAGUCAUUGAUCUUUCCCUCUCUUCAAGCUCGUAUCAUAAAAAACCUUUUGCCACAUUAAUUUUUCUGGUUCACAAACAAAACUAUCCAAGAAAUGCCUACAGUAGCACCACUCAUCAUUUUCAAGCUGUCCAUAUUCAUAAUCACAACACUUCAAGCACCACCAGCCCUUUCUCUCACUCCCUGCAGAACCUCCUGUGGAAGCAUUGCCAUAAACUACCCCUUUGGCAUCGAUGAUGGGUGUGGCGCACCGCAGUUCCGGUCCAUGCUGAACUGCAGCACUGAUUUGUUCUUUUUAACCCCCUCGGGAGGCUACAAGGUCCAACACAUAGAUUAUGAUAAGAAAACAAUGACAAUAUAUGAUCCUGCUAUGUCAACAUGCUCCAUUCUACAACCUCACCAUGAUUUUAUCAUGACAGACAUUCAAUCUGUCACUAUCCCUCCAACUCCAGAUACUGUUUUCGCUCUUCUCAAUUGCUCUAUUGACUCUCCAGUACUUAACCAUUACAAAAACCUUUGUUUCGACUUCUCUGGCCAUUCCUGUGAUGAGCUUUACGGCGCGUGCAAUGCUUUUAGAGUUUUCCAUUUGUUAACAAAUAGUUCUCCACCUUGUUGUUUUACGGGGUACGAUACUGUGAAGUUUAUGAGAAUGAAUAUUUUGGACUGCACGCAUUACACUACAGUGAUUAACACUGAUAAUUUGCGGGGUAUUGGACCUUUGGAUUGGGUUUAUGGGAUCAAACUUUCCUUUACUGUGCCAGAAACAGGUUGUGAACGGUGCUCACAAUCUGGUGGGACUUGUGGGUAUGAUACUGAAACUGAAGCAAUGACGUGUCUUUGCUCGAGCUCCACUAACUACACUAGAGAAUGUGCUGGAGGCAGUUUUACCGCAGGUGAUCAUAGAAGCAGCCAUUCUCCGUGGACAUUCUUCCAUGUAGCAAUCUUGCUUGUUUUGAGUUUAUUACUGGUGAUUUAAUGAUCAUGAUCGUAUUGUAAAUCAUCUCUGAAUCUCACUAUUUCUCCCUGUAUUCACUUCUCUGUUUUGGCCGAAGUUUUGGAACCUGGAAGUAGAAAACACUCACAACAUGGCCAGCGACUUGAGAAAAUGUACUGAAUUUCUUUUAAUAUAUGCAAGGUUGUUUGGGUUUAGAAAA